UAGUUGUACCAAGAAGGGAGCCAGGGAGUCAGAGUAGAAGGACGGCUUGUGAAGGGUUCAGGAAGGAGUUGGAGAGGAGGAAGUGGAGGCAGCGGGUGUGAGCGACCCAUUUAAGACGUUCGGACGGGAGAGACUGCAGUCUCCUUGAGGACAGAAAACCUGUUUCUCGCUCCUGCCGCUCUCACCUCUCCCCGAAGUGCUCAGUGCCGGGGGCCGAAGAUGGUGGGGGCCGUGUUCCUGAGGAGGAAGAUCACGCUGCCUCGCGCCUGUGCGCUCCUGAUCGCCGCCAUGGUGGGCAGUGGCAUCUUCGUGGCGCCCAAGGGCGUGCUGAGACACUCGGGCAGCGUCGGCCUGUCCCUGGUGGUCUGGCUGGCCUGCGGGCUGCUGUCCCUGCUCGGCGCCUUGUGCUACGCAGAGCUGGGGACCCGGAUCACCAAGUCUGGAGGUCACUACACCUACCUGCUGGAGACCCUCGGCCCCCUGCCCAGCUUCCUCUUCCUCUGGGCCGAAUACUUCGCCAUCAGGCCGGCCAACAGCGCAGUGGUUUGUUUAACAUUUGGACGCUAUAUCCUGGAGCCUUUCUUCGCCCCCUGCCCGACCCCCCUGCCCGCUGUGAAGAUUGCCGCACUGCUGGGGUUUUACUCCGUGCUCGCCCUGAACGGCUGGAGCGUCAGCUGGAGCGCGCGGCUGCAGUCCGUGCUGUCCGUGGUCAAGCUCACGGCCCUCGCCCUCAUCAUCGGGCCGGGGACCUUCCUCCUGGCCCAGGGGCACACGGAGAACUUCCGGGAGGCUUUUGGAAACUCCGCACAGUCACUGGACAAGCUGCCGUUGGCUCUCUACGCCGGGAUGUUCGCUUACUCUGGCUGGUGCCAGACCAGCUUCGUGAGGGAGGAACUGGUCCGGCCAGAGCGGACCGUCCCCCUGGCUGUGACUGCGUCGGUCCUCACCGUCAUAGUCGGAUACAUGUUGACCAACCUCUCCUACUACACGGCACUGACCGCCGAGGAGGUCCUGGCGUCCGAGGCCGUGGCCGUGAGCUUUGCCCAGCGAGCCUGCCCCGGCCUCAGCUCUCUGGUCCCGGUCCUGGUGGCGCUGGCCUGCUUCGGGUCAAUGAACGGGGGCAUCCUUGGCUUCUCCAGGACGCUGUUUGUGGCCUCGAGGGAAGGCCAGUGGCCCCCGCUCUUCUCCAUGAUCCACAUCCGCAGACACACACCCCUGCCGGCCGUCAUGCUCAUGUUCCCCUUGGUCACGGCCAUGGUGUGCGUGGGCGACGUCUACCCCCUCCUCACCUUCUUCAGCUUCUCCCGGUGGCUCUUCAUCGGCCUGGCCACCCUGGGCCUCGUGCUGCAUCGCCACCGCCACCCGCAGCUGCCCCGGCCCUUCAAGGUGCCCCUGGUCAUUCCGGUCAUCUUUUCCAUCCUCUGCUUCCUGACGGUGGGACUGUCCCUGUACGCAGAUCCCGUGAAUAUCAGCAUCGGCUGUGCCACGGUCCUGAGCGGCUUCCCCGUCUACUACCUGGUGGCGCGCGGGCCGGGGCCCGCCCGCUGCCCCCUGCCCACCCGCUGUCCGUCCGUGCUGUAUUACCUCACCGUCAAACUGCAGCAGCUGCUGGAGGUGGUCGGACAGGAGAUCCGAACCUACUGAUGGUCUCCUCCUCUCCGGUCCCCUCAACCGCCCCCCUUCAGUUAAUGGAUCUGUCCAGCCGUGAUACUCAGCAUAACU